CCAAAAGCGCCGCCGGUGCCGUGCCGAGCUCUGCCUCUGCAAUUUUUGUGUUUUCGGCCGAGCAGACAAAAGUGAGCGAAAUUCGAAGGGACUCUUAUGUACUGAAUUGUUCUCAGUCUCUCUUCCACCACCACUUGUUGCACACACCUGACCUGCCCUCAAGGGGUCACGUGCGCGUAUAUUGCACUCUGCUCUGCUCGUCGGACCACGGACCGGCUGUCAGUGCAAGAUUGCCGCUCCGACGACUUGUCUCGCACGCCGACAUGAUUGUCCGUCUGUUCCGCACGCCUGCCGCCUCCGAGGACCGCUUGGCCUCUCGGCUGGCCACCCUGAGGAAGGCCGCCCCCGACCUUGCGUCCGUCCAGGCGGAACUUUCAUUCUACAUCCAGGUGGAGGCGACCCUGGACGGCACGCAGCUGCAGCGACUGCGGUGGCUGCUGGCCGACCCUGAGGCCCCUGACCUGCUGACGGAGGCCUCAGUCCUGCCCCUGGAGGCGGACGACUCGGUCCUCAUCGAAAUCGGACCGAGACUCAAUUUUUCCACGGCCUUCUCAACCAACGCAGUUUCCAUCUGCAAGUCCGUCGGACUUCCUGUCGUCAGGCUCGAGGUUGCCACCAGGUACCUCCUCAGGUGGCCCCAAAAGGCUGACAGAAAAAUUGAGCAACAGCUGGUCAGCUUGUUGCACGAUCGAAUGACCGAGUGCCGAUAUGCAACUCCACUCACCUCGUUUGACCUCGACGUCCGACCCCAGCCGUGGUUUGAAGUGGACGUUCUAGGGAGAGGUCAAGAAGCGCUCAAAGAGGUCGACAAGAAAUUAGGUCUGGCCUUUGACCCGUGGGACCUCCAGUUCUACUGCGAUCUCUUUGGUCAGCGGCUCAAGCGCAACCCAACCUCUGUCGAGUGUUUCGACCUGGCCCAGUCCAACAGUGAGCACAGCAGACAUUGGUUUUUCAAGGGAAAGGUGAUCCUCGAUGGAGUGCCUCAGGACGACAAUCUUUUCGACUUGGUCAUCCGAACGCAAAAGCAUUCGAACCAAAACAACGUCAUCAGGUUCAACGAUAAUUCCAGUGCCAUCGAAGGGUUUAAAGUAACUGCGUUGAGGCCCACUGACCCCACAGUUCCAAGCCCUUUCAACCUUCGUCAGGACCACCUGCAGCACAUCGUUUUCACCGCAGAGACACACAACUUCCCAACGGGUGUUGCUCCGUUCAGCGGAGCCACCACUGGAACCGGAGGUCGCCUCAGGGAUGUGCAUGCAGUUGGUCGCGGCGGCCACUACAUUGCAGGCACCACUGGCUACAGUUUUGGUGCUCUCCACAUUCCAGGUUACAAACUGCCGUGGGAAGAUGCGUCCCUGCACUACCCAUCGAACUUCGCUCCACCUCUGGAAAUUGCCGUUGAAGCCAGUAACGGUGCUUCCGACUACGGAAAUAAGUUUGGAGAGCCGCUUGUGUGUGGCUUUGUCAGGUCAUUUGGUCUAGUUUUGCCGGACGGAGAGAGAAGAGAGUACGUUAAGCCGAUCAUGUUCAGCGGAGGCAUCGGAGCCUUGGACCACGAUCAGGUCACCAAACUUGCUCCCGAAAAAGGGAUGGAAGUAGUUAAGGUUGGAGGCCCUGUUUACAGAAUUGGCGUGGGAGGAGGAGCUGCCAGUUCAGUUGAGGUUCAAGGCGACAACAGUGCAGAUCUGGACUUUGGCGCCGUCCAGCGUGGAGACGCCGAAAUGGAGCAAAAAUUGCACAGGGUGAUUCGCGCCUGUCUCGAACAUCCUCAGGGCAACCCUAUAUGCAGCAUCCAUGACCAGGGUGCUGGAGGAAAUGGGAAUGUUCUUAAGGAGCUGGUCGAGCCAGCCGGCGCCGUAAUUUACGCGGACAGAUUCCAGUUGGGCGACCCCACCAUCAGCACCUUGGAACUUUGGGGCGCCGAGUACCAGGAAAACGACGCUCUAUUAUGCCGAGCAGGGAAGGAUGCAGAUCUUCUGAGGAAAGUGGCCAAGAGAGAAAAGUGCCCAGUUGACUUUGUGGGUACAGUGACUGGAGAUGGUCAGGUCAGGCUUUUGGAGGCUGGGGCCAAACCUGGCGAUAGGCCGCCGGUGGAUCUGGACCUGGCUCUUGUUCUCGGGAAAAUGCCACCCAAGAAGUUUGACAUGCGCAGAGCUAACUGGCAAAGACCUGCUCUGAGUCUUCCAACUGGACUAACAGUCCAAGAGGCGUUGGAAAGAGUUUUGCGCCUGCCUAGUGUUGGAAGUAAACGCUGGCUUACAAACAAGGUUGAUCGCAGUGUGACCGGUUUGGUUGCCCAGCAGCAGUGUGUAGGACCUCAACAGGCCCCUCUGGCCGAUGCUGCCGUCAUUGCUUUAAGUUACUGGGGCAACGAAGGUGCCGCCACCUCCAUAGGAGAGCAGCCUAUCAAAGGUCUAGUGGACCCUUCACGCGGCGCCAGAAUGACCGUGGCCGAGGCCUUGACUAAUUUGGCGACCACAGCCAUCAGUGAUUUGCGGGACGUCAAGUGCAGCGGCAACUGGAUGUGGGCUGCAAAAUUGGAAGGGGAGGGGGCCGCUCUAUGGGACGCCUGCGCUGCCAUGUGUGACCUGAUGGCUGAGCUGGGAGUUGCAAUUGACGGUGGGAAAGACUCGCUAUCCAUGGCUGCCAGAGUUGAAGGAAAAACGGUUAAGGCCCCUGGAACCCUAGUGGUUUCCUGUUAUGCUCCCUGCCCUGAUGUGCGAAAGGUGGCCACCCCUGACCUGAAGCUACCUGGGCAUGACGCCCUUUUAUUUGUGGACCUGAGUGGAGGUCACAGCAGACUGGGAGGGUCAGCGUUAGCACAGUGCUGGGGUCAAGUUGGAAACGAAUCUCCGGAUGUUGAGAACCCAAAAAUAUUUGUCGAUGCCUUCGAAGCCAUCCAGCACUUGGUUGCUUGCGGCGUUGCAGUUGCUGGCCAUGACAUCAGUGAUGGCGGUCUGCUGGUGACUGCAAUUGAAAUGGCCAUUGGUGGCUGCUGCGGCCUUCAAUUGAGCAUCGACCACAAAACCGGACAGCCACCCUUGGCCAUCGUGUUUGCCGAAGAGGUGGGGUGGCUGAUUGAGGUGGCCGCCAUCAACAGAGAGGCCGCUCUGGCCGCCUUUAGAGGCAGAGGCGUUCCCUGUUAUGUGGUGGGCAUGGCCACCAGUGACCGUCAAUUCGUCUGCAAAGUUAAUGGAGUAACCGUCCUGGAUACUUCUCUGUCCAGCCUGGUCAAAUUGUGGGAGGAAACCUCCUACCAGUUAGAGCUUCGACAGGCCAACGGCCGUUGCGUGGCAGAGGAAUUUGAAGGCCUAGUGCAAGGGAAAACUCUGCCUCAACAGGUUGCCAACUUCGAAUGGACUCCUCGUCCACCUUUGGCCUCCAAAGCGAUUCCUAUUGCGGUUCUCAGGGAAGAGGGCGUCAAUGGAGACAGGGAAAUGGUUGCUUCCCUAAUUACUGCCGGUUUUGAGGUGUGGGAUGUGACCGUGUCCGAUCUGCUGGCUGGAUACUCAUUGGCCGCCUUCAGAGGACUUAUUUUCCCCGGUGGGUUCAGUUACGCAGACGUUCUCGGCUCUGCCAAGGGCUGGGCAGGCGCCCUUCAAUUCCACCCAUCAGCUGCAGCUCAACUUGCCACAUUUUUCUCCCGUCCUGACACUUUCAGCUUGGGAGUGUGCAAUGGUUGUCAGCUGAUGGCCCUCCUAGGCUGGAGUGGCAAAGGAGUUGCCCUCAGGCAUAACGACUCGGAGAGAUUCGAGAGCCGCUUCACCGCAGUUCGUAUCGAAAAAGGCGCCUCUGAAGUGUGGCUGAAGGACAUGGAGGGUAGCGUUCUUGGGGUUUGGGUGGCCCACGGUGAAGGCCGUCUGGUCGGAGCACCUGAAAACCGAGUUGCCCUGAGAUACGUGGACAGCUCUGGUCAGCCUACUCAGGAGUACCCCUUCAACCCCAACGGCAGCCCUAAUGCUGUAGCCGGUCUUGCAUCGCCCAACGGUCGCCACCUGGCAAUGAUGCCCCACCCUGAGCGCUGCGUCCGAACCUGGCAGCUGCCGUUCAAGCCAAGCCAGUGGAGCGAGUUGGAAACAGCUCCGUGGCAAAAGAUGUUCAACAAUGCAUACAUCUGGGCCAGUAAAUGAGAUUCUCAUCAGAGUGCAAUAAUGAUUCUAAAUAAUUUAAGGUUGAGGCUAGGGUUUACAGAAAAUCAAAAUAUAAAGGGAAAUCAAGUGCCAUUUUUACAAUAAAAUUUUUUGUAUUUUUAUCAAACAAUAACAAAUGAAAUUUAAUAUUAAAAAAUUAAUG